CUCGAAUCUUCUCCGCCCGCGCAAACCAUCAUCACCAGCUCCCCUCCUCCAACCUUUCCCUUAAUGACAAGCCAAUUGCCCUUCUCCCCAACCACCAAUGCUAUGAACAACUCCUCCUACACCCUCUAAACAACUUACACCCAACCGCCAAACCCACACACCAUCAUCCCCCAAAGCAAAAUCCAAAAUGCGCCUCGCCCACAUCCACUACCCAGACCUAACCUCCUUCACGCGCAUCUCCCACCUCCAACAAACCCUGACCACGCGCCUGCUCACGCACAAGAAACUGCUCUCCUCGGCGAACGACACCACCACGCCCCCGCCGCCCCCGGACCCAACAAUCAUCACCUUCACCCCGCACCCGGUCUACACGACCGGCCGCCGCGACCUCCCGCCCUCGAACACCAGUCCGCGCGACACGACCACCACCGCCGGCGCUGCACCCCCCUCCAGCACAAAAGAACCCCAACCCCACAACACGCUCUCCCUUUCCCUCCCUCCACCCCUCGAACAAAUCCGCCCGCUCCUCAUCCCGCCAACGCCCUACCCCACCCCCUCAUCCUUCGCGAGAUCGCCGGGCUCGCCCGAGAAAGAGAAAGCAGAAUACCACCCCACCCUCCGCGGCGGCCAGACGACCUACCACGGCCCGGGCCAGAUGGUCGCGUACACGAUCCUCGACCUGCGGCGCCUGGGGCUGACCCCGCGCUGCCACAUCCGAUUGCUGGAGAACAGCGUGAUCGACGUGCUGGCCUCGUACGGGGUGCGGGGCCUGGUGACGGAGGAUCCGGGCGUGUGGGUGCAUCCUCCCCCUGCGCCGCUGCCCGGUCAACAACGACGGCACAACACCGGCACCGAUGACGCACAGCUACCCCACAAGAUCACGGCGGUCGGGGUGCAUCUGCGGCGGAAUAUCAGUAGCUUCGGGAUCGGGUUCAAUGUCACCCAGGAGCCCAUGUGGUGGUUCCGGCAGAUCGUGGCGUGUGGGCUGGAGGGCCGCGAGGCGACGAGUCUGGCGGGCGUCGGGGUGCGGACGGACAUCCCGACGGUGGCGGGCCGGUUUGUCGAGGCGUUUGUGCGGCGCGUGAAUCGGGAUUUCGCGCUCCAGGGCGGGAAAGGGAAGGGGGAGGGGAUUGAGGAGGUGUAUACUGUUGCGGAGGAGGAUUUGUUGAGGGAAUCAAAUUAA